AUGUCUGCAAAAUACGACUUCGUUAUCGUCGGCGGUGGUGUUGCCGGCUUGGUGAUUGCCUCCCGUUUGUCUGAGAACCCCGAUAUCCAAGUGUUGGUGUUGGAGGCGGGCGAGGACCAGACGGCGGAUCCCAGAGUCAAUAUUCCCGCACUGGGGCCCAGUCUGGUCAAGACACCAUCUGACUGGCAAUUCAAGACGGUACCACAGAGUGGCCUCGGUGGUCGUGAGAUUGGAGUGCCUCAAGGCCGCUUGCUAGGUGGUUCCGGUGCCCUCAACGGCCUGUCGUUCACUGUCACGACUCGUGCCAACGUUGAGUCCUGGGCUAGCUUGGGCAAUGAGGGUUGGGACUGGCCCUCGUUCAGUGCUGCCCAGAAGAAGGCUUACUCUGUUGCUUCUGAUGAGGCACAGAGCGGUCCUCUCAAGCUGUCUCUGCCUGACAACGCCGAUUCUUUCUGGCCCAAGGUCUGGCAAGACACCAUCCGCGAGUUGGGCUUUCCCAAUGUCUGCGACCCGUUGAGCGGGCAGGGCGUCGGAAGCAGUCUCACGCCUGACACUGUCGACUCUGUGACAAGAACGAGGAGUUACGCCGGCAGCGCGUAUCUGCAAGCCGCCAAGUCCAGGUCGAACUUGACCGUCGAGACCGGAGCGCUUGUGGAGAAGGUCGUCUUCAAGACUGGCGCUGACGAUAUUGUCGCAGAGGGUGUCCAGUACACCAAGGACGGCGAGAAGAAGGUCGCUACGGCGCAAAAGGAAGUCAUCCUCAGCGCCGGCGCCCUGAACUCCCCUCGCAUCCUGGAGCUUUCUGGUGUUGGAAGCGCUAAGCUUCUCGGCGGGCUCGGCAUCGACGUUGUGCUCGACAACCCACACGUUGGUGAGAACCUGCAAAACCAUGUCAUGGUCGGGGCAGCCUUUGAAACACUCCCCGAGCACGACACCAUGGACGGGAUCGUCCGCCAAGACCCCGCGGCGGUCGGGGCAGCCAUGGAGGCGUACGGCAAGCAAUCGGGCCCCUUCUCCAGAAGUGGGACUUCGGCAACGGCACAGCUUCCGCUGCCGGCUACCGAGAAUGCCGGGGAGCUGUUCGAUAAGCUCAAGGCGGAGGCGCCGAAGACGAGAUCGACACCUGCGUUUACCGAAAAGCUCGAGUCGUUCGUCCGCUCGGUCCUCACUUCCUCAUCGGAGCCUUCCGGCUACUACCUCUCAUUUCCAGGGUACGCCUUGUUCAACCCGGACGGGACAAUGGCGGCGCCACCUCCCGGCGACGAGAAAUUCUUUGCGUUCGGCCUGCUGUUGGCUCACCCGCUCUCGCGAGGCUCGAGCCACAUCACGUCGGCGUCGUUGGAGUCGCCAGCGGUGGCCAUUGACCCCGGGUACCUGACUCACCCCCUGGACGUGGAGCUUCUGGCCAGACACGUCCAGCAGAUUGAGAAGAUUGCAUCCACGGAACCUCUCCGCAGCCAGCUCAAGGCGGGCGGAAAGCGCGUCCCGGCCAAGCCUCUGACCGAUCUGGAGGAGGCCAAGGACUUCGUUCGCAAGACUGCUGUCGGUGCUCAUCACUUCACGGGCACCUGCUCCAUGAUGCCCCGCGAGCUCGGUGGCGUGGUCGACGAGAAGCUGCGUGUUCACGGCAUUCGCAAUCUGAGGGUGGCUGACGCCAGUAUCGUCCCCAUCACGGUGCGGGCGAACCCUCAGGCGACCGUGUACGCGGUCGCUGAGAAGGCUGCUGACCUGAUCAAGUCGAGCCUCUGA